GUUGGACUCCAGGCAGUGGCUCUAGAAGAAGGUAGACAGAGAGCAAAGCAUUAGGACAACGUAGAGCUGAGAAAAGUCAGUGGAAAUGAGGACUCUUCUGAUUCAGCUGUUGCUGUGUGCGGCAGUCUGCUCAGGCUCCCCACGGGACAGAGCUGCAAGGGACAAGGACAACAGCAUGGAACUUGUUCAGCAAUACUUAGAAAACUACUACAACCUUGAAAAGGAUGUGAAACAGUUUGUUAGAAGAAAAGACAGUGGUCCUGUUGUUAAAAAAUUACAAGAAAUGCAGAGGUUCCUGGGGCUGAAGGUGACGGGGAAGCUGGACUCCGACACUCUGGAGGUGGUGCUUAAGCCCAGAUGUGGGGUUCCUGACGUUGGUCACUUCAGCACCUUUCCUGGCACGCCCAAGUGGAGGAAGACUCACCUCACUUACAGGAUUGUGAACUAUACACUGGAUCUGCCAAGAGAUGCUGUUGAUUCUACCAUUAAGAAAGCUCUGAAAGUCUGGGAAGACGUGACUCCACUUAAAUUCUCCAGGAUUUCCGAAGGAGAGGCUGACAUCAUGAUCACUUUUGCAGUUCGAGACCAUGGAGACUUUAACCCUUUUGAUGGACCGGGAAAAGUUUUGGCGCACGCGUAUCCACCGGGGCCAGGAAUUUAUGGAGAUGCUCACUUUGAUGAUGAUGAACAAUGGACGAAGGAUGUAUCGGGGACCAAUUUAUUCCUUGUUGCUGCUCAUGAACUUGGCCAUUCCCUGGGUCUCUUUCAUUCAACCAAUAGUGAAGCUCUGAUGUACCCAAUCUACAACGCGCUCACAGACCUGGCUCGGUUCCGCCUUUCUCAAGAUGAUGUGAAUGGCAUUCAGUCCCUGUACGGACCGCCCCCUUCUUCCCCUAAGGACACCGUGAUGCCCACGGAAUCGGUGCCUCCAGAACCCGGGACACCAGCCGCGUGUGAUCCCACUUUGUCCUUUGAUGCGAUCAGCACCCUGAGGGGAGAAGUCCUGUUCUUUAAAGACAGACAUUUUUGGCGCAAAUCCCUCAGGAUACUCGAGCCUGAAUUUCAUUUGAUCUCCUCAUUUUGGCCAUCUCUUCCUUCGUACGUAGAUGCUGCCUAUGAAGUUAUCAGCAAAGACACUGUUUUCAUCUUAAAAGGAAGUCAGUUCUGGGCCAUCAGAGGGAAUGAGGUGCAAGCAGGCUAUCCAAGAGGCAUCCACACCCUGGGCCUUCCGCCAACUGUAAGGAAAAUAGAUGCAGCCAUUUCUGAUAAGGAAAAGAAGAAAACAUACUUCUUCGUAAAGGACGAAUACUGGAGGUUUGAUGAGAGGAGACAAUCCAUGGAGCCAGGCUUUCCCAGGCAGAUAGAGGAAGACUUUCCAGGGGUUGGCCCCCAUGUGGAUGCGGUUUUUGAAGCGUUUGGGUUCUUCUAUUUCUUCAAUGGAUCUUUGCAGUUGGAGUUUGACCCAAAUGCAAAGAAAGUGACACAUGUCUUGAAGAGUAACAGCUGGUUGAAUUGUUAGGAGAGAUGCUUAGAAGGCAAAACAUGGAUAUUCUAAGUGAAGCUGACCACUCUUCACCUAAGUCUUUGUGGGUUGAAAUGGUUCAUUUUCUCCUGUGUGUGCCGUGACUGAGCACUCCAGUGUGGACUGGGCUUCUGGCCAGUUAGCUUCAUGUAUUACAGGGCAUUCAAACCAUGGGCUGUGAGCUUGCACUUUGGUUCCAUGGAGCAGCGUCCCAGGGAGCUGGGGGGAGCAGUCCUGCAACAGACAAGCCACUGUAUAUAGAUGGUUGCUUAUUAUUUAAUAAAAGAGGAUUUGCCAGUUA